ACUGGCGCUGUGACGAUAAACUGGCAGCGCAGCGCAGCGAACGAGGAUGCUCUGUUCUCUCGCGCGCACACUCUCCUGUCUCCUGCUUUCCACGAUCAACAUGGAAGGGCUUAAUUAAUGCAUGUGUCCCUCCUGCCCUCAAGCUAAUGAAUUUUAAUUCGCCGUUUGACAUUGGACGUGCGUUUUUUCGGCCGCAAAAGCAGUGGACUUUCCUUACAGAGUGGUUAACCAGGAGGUAUCUGCCGAAUAAAAAGUCUUCAGAGAAGAGGCAAAUUAUGCCAGCAGCACCAGAGUCCCUCCCCCUGGUGACGUGCCAGCCAAUUGGUCAGACUGCCCUUUGCUCCUCUUCUAGCCCCGCCCUCUCCCCUGGCAGAUCCAUGCUCAUGGACACGCCCCACAGAGCCACGCCCAGACCAUGAGCGCCAACGGGCCCGCCUCAAACCCCGCGGCCCCGGCUGCGACCCCGGUCGCCGCUCUGGUGACUGCGCCGGUUCCGCUGCCGACUGUCCCGGUGGGCGCGUUGGCACAGAAGAAACGGGCGCAGUAUGCUAAAAGCAAGAAGCAGGGCAGCAAUGCCAAUACUAGGCCUGCCAGAGCACUGUUCUGCCUCAAACUCAACAACCCCAUAAGAAGAGCCUGCAUCAGCCUGGUGGAGUGGAAGCCAUUCGAUAUCUUUAUAUUAAUUGCUAUUUUUGCCAACUGUAUGGCCCUAGCUGUAUAUAUCCCCUUCCCUGAGGAUGACUCCAACUCCACAAACCAUGACCUGGAAACGGUAGAACAUGUCUUCCUCGUCAUUUUCACUAUCGAGACCUUUCUGAAGAUCAUUGCCUACGGUUUGGUGGCACACCAGAAUGCGUAUGUGAGGAACGGAUGGAACAUGCUGGAUUUUGUCAUUGUCGUCGUUGGACUGUUCAGUGUGGUGUUGGAGCUUCUGACCAAAGACUCUGUGGAGACGAAGGAGGAGGCGGAGGCAGGUGCGGCGGCGGCGGCAGCAGCGGCGGCGCUCCAUCCUUCCAUGCACGGCCACGGCGGCAAGUCGGGCGGCUUCGACGUCAAAGCUCUCAGAGCCUUCCGUGUGCUGCGACCACUACGCCUGGUCUCAGGAGUGCCCAGUUUACAGGUGGUGUUGAACUCCAUUAUUAAAGCCAUGGUUCCUCUCCUGCACAUUGCCCUGUUGGUCCUCUUUGUCAUCAUCAUCUACGCCAUCAUCGGCCUUGAGCUCUUCAUCGGCAAAAUGCAUGCAACUUGCUACUUCUCCGGCACAGACCAAAUAGCGGAGGAUGAGCCGGCUCCGUGUGCGAUCUCAGGGCACGGGCGCCAAUGCCCAAUCAACGGCACCGAGUGCAAAGAGGGCUGGCACGGCCCCAACAAUGGCAUCACCAACUUUGACAACUUCCUUUUUGCGAUGUUGACCGUGUUCCAGUGCAUCACCAUGGAGGGUUGGACAGAUGUGCUCUACUGGAUGAAUGAUGCUAUGGGUCUAGAGCUUCCAUGGGUCUACUUUGUCUCUCUGGUCAUCUUUGGAUCCUUCUUUGUUCUAAACCUGGUUCUGGGAGUGUUGAGCGGAGAGUUCUCCAAGGAGAGAGAAAAGGCCAAGGCCCGCGGAGACUUCCAGAAGCUGAGGGAGAAGCAGCAGCUGGAGGAGGACCUGAAGGGCUACCUGGACUGGAUCACCCAGGCCGAGGACAUUGACCCGGAGAACGAGGACGAGGAGGGCAACGGGGAUGGAAAACGCAACCGGGUGACUCUGGCUGACCUCACCGAGAAGAAGAAGGGGAGCAGGUUUGGGUGGUUCAGCCAGUCCUCCGACACUCAUGCGAGUAUGCCCGCCAGUGAGACAGAGUCUGUGAACACCGAGACCGUGGCUGAAGAUGAGGUGAAGACACCGUGCUGUGGACCAUUUUGUCAAAAAAUUUCAAAGUCAAAGUUCAGCCGGCGUUGGCGUCGCUGGAACAGGUUCUGCCGCAGGAAGUGCCGGUUAGCAGUGAAAUCGGUGCCUUUCUAUUGGCUGGUGAUCAUCCUGGUGUUUCUCAACACGCUCACCAUCUCCUCAGAGCAUUACAACCAGCCUGACUGGCUCACUCAAAUACAGGACGUGGCCAACAAGGUUUUGCUGGGCCUGUUUACCUGUGAGAUGAUGACCAAGAUGUACAGCCUGGGCCUGCAGGCCUACUUUGUGUCCCUGUUCAACCGCUUUGACUGCUUUGUGGUGUGUGGGGGCAUCACGGAGACCAUCCUGGUAGAGCUGGCCAUCAUGUCCCCUCUGGGCAUCUCCGUGUUCCGCUGUGUUCGGCUGCUCAGGAUCUUCAAGGUCACACGUCACUGGCAGUCCCUCAGUAACCUGGUGGCGUCGCUGCUCAACUCCAUGAAGUCCAUCGCUUCCCUGCUGCUGCUCCUCUUCCUCUUCAUCAUCAUCUUCUCCCUGCUGGGCAUGCAGGUGUUUGGGGGCAAGUUCAACUUCGAUGAGACGCAGACCAAGAGGAGCACCUUCGACAACUUCCCCCAGGCGCUUCUCACUGUGUUUCAGAUUCUGACCGGUGAGGACUGGAACGCUGUGAUGUAUGAUGGCAUCAUGGCCUACGGUGGCCCUUCCUCGUCUGGGAUGAUUGUCUCCUUCUACUUCAUCAUCCUUUUCAUCUGUGGAAACUACAUCCUGCUAAAUGUCUUCUUGGCCAUUGCUGUGGACAACCUGGCGGAUGCUGAGUCUCUCACUCCAGGUGACAAAAAAGAGAAGAAGGAAGAGGAACCAGCAGAGGAGGAAGAUGAGAAUAUAGCAGAAGAGGAAGAGGACCUGGAGGCUCCAGCAGGGCCACGUCCAGCCAUCUCUGAGCUGGUCAAGAAGGAGAAGAUCACCCCCAUCCCUGACGGCAGCGCCUUCUUCAUCUUCAGCAAGACCAACCCGAUUCGAGUGGGAUGCCACCAACUCAUCAACCACCACAUUUUCACCAACCUCAUCUUGGUCUUCAUCAUGCUGAGCUCUGUGUCACUGGCUGCAGAGGACCCAAUACGCAACUUCUCUGCACGCAACAUCGUCCUAGGCUAUGCAGAUUAUGUCUUCACUAGUAUGUUUACAUUUGAGAUCGUGUUGAAGAUGACGACAUACGGAGCGUUCCUCCAUAAAGGGGCGUUCUGUAGGAACACCUUUAACCUGCUGGAUCUGCUGGUGGUGGGGGUCUCUCUGGUCUCCUUCUGCAUUCAGUCCUCUGCCAUUUCAGUGGUGAAGAUUCUGAGAGUCCUCCGUGUGCUCAGACCCCUGAGGGCCAUCAACAGAGCCAAAGGCCUCAAGCAUGUUGUUCAGUGUGUGUUUGUGGCCAUCAGGACUAUUGGUAACAUCAUGAUCGUCACCACACUGCUGCAGUUCAUGUUCGCCUGUAUAGGAGUACAACUCUUUAAGGGGAAGUUUUACCGCUGCACAGAUGAAGCCAAGUCCAGCCCUGACGAAUGCAAAGGCACCUUCAUCCUUUAUAAGGACGGAGACGUCAACCAGCCCACCAUUCAUAAGAGAGUGUGGCACAACAGCGAGUUCAACUUUGACAAUGUGCUCAUGGCCAUGAUGGCUCUGUUCACUGUAUCUACCUUCGAGGGAUGGCCCGCGUUGCUCUACAAGGCCAUAGACUCUAACAGGGAGAAUCUGGGUCCAAUCUACAACUACCGCAUUGAGAUCUCCAUCUUCUUCAUCAUCUACAUCAUCAUCAUUGCUUUCUUCAUGAUGAACAUCUUUGUGGGUUUCGUCAUCGUCACAUUUCAGGAACAGGGAGAGAAAGAGUACAAGAACUGUGAGCUGGAUAAGAAUCAGCGCCAGUGUGUGGAGUACGCCCUGAAGGCUCGUCCACUGAGGAGGUACAUCCCUAAGAACCCCUACCAGUACAAGUUCUGGUACGUGGUCAACUCCACCGGGUUUGAGUACAUCAUGUUCGUCCUCAUCAUGCUGAACACUCUGUGUCUGGCUGUGCAGCACUACGGCCAGUCUGCGACGUUUAACUAUGUGAUGGACAUCCUCAACAUGAUCUUCACCGCUGUUUUCACUGCGGAGAUGGUUAUCAAACUGAUUGCCUUCAAACCCAGGCACUAUUUCACUGACGCGUGGAACACGUUUGAUGCCUUAAUUGUGGUUGGUAGCGUCGUUGACAUUGCUAUCACUGAAGUGAACAAACUUGUAGAGCCAACGGAGGCUCCUCAGGUGGAUGAGUUGGGGAACACCGAAGACAGCGCUCGCAUCUCCAUCACCUUCUUCCGCCUGUUUCGAGUCAUGCGAUUGGUCAAGCUGCUGAGCAGAGGAGAGGGCAUCCGCACCCUUUUGUGGACCUUCAUCAAGUCCUUCCAGGCGCUGCCCUACGUUGCCCUCCUGAUUGCCAUGCUCUUCUUCAUCUAUGCUGUAAUCGGCAUGCAGGUGUUUGGGAAGGUAGCCAUGGUGGACGGAACACAGAUCAACAGGAACAAUAACUUCCAGACCUUCCCACAGGCCGUGCUGCUGCUUUUCAGGUGUGCCACAGGUGAGGCAUGGCAGGAGAUCAUGUUGGCGUGUGUUUCUGGGAAGCUAUGUGACCCAGAGUCUGAAUAUAACCCUGGGGAGGAGUACACCUGUGGUGCCAGCUUCGCCUACAUCUACUUCAUCAGCUUCUACAUGCUCUGUGCCUUCCUGAUUAUUAAUUUGUUUGUGGCUGUCAUUAUGGACAACUUUGACUACCUGACUCGUGAUUGGUCAAUCCUCGGCCCCCAUCACCUGGAUGAGUUCAAGAGGAUCUGGUCUGAGUACGACCCGGAGGCCAAGGGCAGGAUAAAACAUCUGGACGUGGUCACUCUUCUCCGACGCAUUCAGCCUCCACUGGGCUUCGGCAAGCUAUGUCCCCACAGAGUGGCCUGCAAGAGGCUGGUGGCCAUGAAUAUGCCUCUGAACAGCGACGGUACAGUCAUGUUCAACGCUACUCUGUUUGCGUUAGUACGGACCGCCUUGAAGAUCAAAACAGAUGGUAAUCUGGAGCAGGCCAAUGAGGAGCUGAGGGCUGUCAUUAAGAAGAUCUGGAAGCGGACCAGCAUGAAGCUGUUAGACCAAGUGGUGCCCCCUGCUGGUGACGACGAGGUAACCGUGGGGAAGUUCUAUGCCACCUUCCUGAUACAGGACUACUUUAGGAAAUUCAAGAAACGUAAAGAGGAGGGCCUGGUGGGGGCGCACGCCUCCCAGAACCACACGGCCAUCGCCCUUCAGGCCGGCCUUCGCACGCUACAUGAUAUUGGGCCCGAAAUUCGACGAGCGAUAUCAUGUGACCUGCAGGAUGAGGAGCUAAUAGACUUUAUUCCAGAGGAGGACGAGGAGAUUUAUAGGCGUAACGGCGGCCUGUUUGGUAAUCAUGUCAACCACAUGAAUGGGGAUCACCACCGGCGUUCAUCGGGUCACCAGACCAACGCCACACAGAGGCCCCUGCAGGUGCAGCCGCCUCCACACUACGCCCACAUGGAGCAGCCGGUGGGGCGCCUCGGCCGGGCUAACGCCAUGUCCCACCCACACCCUAACCACCACCACCAUCACCACCACCAUCACAACUCCUCCUACGGCAAGUCGCCCAAAUCCACCAACAUCAACCUGAACAACGCCAACGUCUCCAGUCUGCCCAAUGGAGGAGGGCACCACCAUCGCUACUAUGAGCACACUCCGCCCCCUGCCAAUGGUUACCCAGGACACCGUGGCGGCCCCUACUACCCCGACUACGAUAAGCUGCCGCCUCGCGGCACGCCGCAGGGACAAAGAAGGCGCUACUAUGAGACCUAUGUUAGGUCCCAAGGGGGAGACGCGUGCCACCCCACGAUCCGGCGGGAGGAGGAGUUAGAGGAGGACAGGUACUCUGGAGAGUACUACAGUGGAGAGGAGUUCUAUGAGGAUGACAGCAUGCUGUCAGGAGACAGGAGGUCCUAUAAAGAAUACCUGGACAGCUACCAGAACAGUGACCCAGAGUAUGAGACUCCUAGAGGCUACCAUCAUCCCGACAGUUACUAUGACGACGACGAACAGCCUCUCUACCACGACGGAAGGAGGUCGCCUAAGAGACGGCUGCUUCCUGCAACACCUCAAGGUCACAGGAGGCCCUCUUUCAACUUUGAGUGUCUGAGAAGGCAGGGCAGUCAGGAUGAGCUGCCACACCAGCGCACUGCUCUACCACUGCACCUCAUGCAGCACCAGGUGAUGGCUGUGGCAGGGUUGGACUCCAGCAGAGCCCAUCGUCUCUCCCCCACUCGCUCCACCCGUUCCUGGGCCACUCCCACCGCCACUCUGGCCAAUAAGGAGCAGUCGCCCUACUAUACACCACUCAUCCGGGUGGAUCACCCUGGACGCAGGGAGAGCGGUGCCAGCAGCCAUGUGUCUGUCCGGAAGAGCUCGUGGUACACAGAUGACCCAGACUACCCCCAGAGGACCUACUCCCCGCUCCACCUCCAAGUACCCCCAGAGUACCGCCAGCAGUACCACCAGAAGAGAGGAAGUGCCACCAGCCUGGUGGAGGCGGUGUUGAUAUCUGAGGGGCUCGGGAGAUACGCCAAGGAUCCGAAGUUUGUGGCUGCCACCAAGCACGAGAUCGCAGACGCUUGCGAAAUGACCAUUGACGAGAUGGAGAGCGCGGCAAGCCAUCUGCUGAAUGGUGGCGUGGCCCCGGUGGUUAACGGGGUCAACGUUUACCCGGUCAUGAGCGAGCGGGACUACGACCUCCAGGACGCCACGGCCAAUUACAGCGACGAGGAGCCGGAGGCAGAGAUUAGAGGGCCGUACGAGGAGGACCUAGCAGAUGAGAUGAUCUGCAUCACCACUUUGUAGGAUGAAUUACUAGGAAAAAACUGCUAGUAUGUACUCUUCAUGUAGACGACAGUACCAUCAGUGGAAAACUAAAUGAGAAAUGCAUCUAUUGGCUUAUAACCAAAAGAAGUGCCUUUUACAGGGAAGAGAAAGGCACCUAUGAGGAGAGGGAGACACUCUGAUCCCGCCCACUUAUUCUCUCACUUGCCCUCUGCCAGCCAGGGAAUUCACGUCACGCCUGUCAAUCACAGGGCCAGGAGCCAAUCCUGUUGCCAGGGAACCUUGUUAGUCCUGCCCUCCCAGACCAACACUACUGGCACAUAGGAAGACCUUGCCCAAUUGUCAUAGGUUGCUGUCUGUAGGUGACAUUCACAUGUUAAUCCACCAGCCAAUCACAGACAAGGAUGUUGUGUCAGGGGAGGAUGUACCUAUUGGCAGAGGCAUGAGGUCCACCCAAGGGGUGGGUCUUUAAGGGUGAUGACAAUCAGAUGUAAGAUGUCAUUCCCUCUGUCACUUUAUUAAGGUUUUGGCAUAUCAUGCAAGUUUUCAAUGCAAGCAUAGAGUCAUAUCUCCCCCUUACCAAACCUUCCUUAGAUGUUUUAGAAUAACUUUGAACCUGGAGUCAUUGACAUGAAUAAUUGAACGACUGCUGUAGAUGAGUUACAGAGACAAGAGCAACAGAUUCUCAGAGAUUCACCAGUUUAUGUAUGCAGGAGAUAUCACAUUUACAGGCAUCAUCAAACUGGAGAUAUACAUUUCUGAGGCGACUACUACAGCAUUUUGGAUAAAUGCACUAGCAAACAGGUUGUUUUUAAUUUUAGAAUAGCCUGACAAUUAAUAUUUCAUAGUGGAUAUACUGUAAAUGAAUUGUAUUAUAUAAACAAAAAGAAAAACUUUGUAAAGAGAUGUUCUAUAUUUUGUAAUUAUGUACCAUUUCAAAAGAAGAUCAGCAAUACGUACCCUAAUGAACCCUAUUAUGUUCAGAGGAAAGAUGGUCGGUGGUGUUAUUCUUUUAUUAGGUACAUUAUUCUGAGAUUAAUUUGCCUUUUCUUUGUAGUUGCUCAUAUGCAUCCUUGACUUGUCUGUGAAAGCUGCUUUUUUUAUUAUUUUCGUUUGUUUGUGUUGGAAAACAGCUGCACAAGAUAUGCAAAUGUCUUUUUUUUUUUUACUUGUUUCAUGGGCAAAGAAAUUACUGUAUGUGUUGCUCCAAACUAAUAACAGUACAAAAUGAUAUCCCCCUUAAAGAGCAUAUUUGUUAUCUAAGGCUCAAGGAGGCUAUCCUUUAUAAAGAGGUGAUUCGAAAUAUUUGUAUUUGCAUAUGUUGUGCAGGGAAGGUACAGGAAGUUGAAAUGCAUGGUGGACUGACAAUGCUGCCUCAUUCACCCAUUUUAAAAAGCAGUUCUACAACCGUAUUAGUCUCAUCCGUCCCAAUGAACUGAAAUGCCUUCUGCUGCUGAAAGCAAACACCAUAUGAAAGAAAAAAUCUGUCGUUUUCAGUGCUUGUAUUGGGAUUGUUCCCAAAUAUAUGAUUUGUUGAUAAUUGAUCAAGUCCACUCCGCUGAUCUUUUCCAACUGAAUCUUCCUAAUCACCUGGCCUUGAUGUUGUCGUUGCGAGCGAGGCUUGUGACUGACUGAGCCUGCGUUAGCCGAGACAGACGGGGGAUGCGUGGUGGCCGACUGGCGAGGGGCACGUUCAUCAGGGGCGUCCACAGGACGGACGACCUCACGUGGUGAGAAAACGUCCUGGUGGGUCCAUGUUCUCCGCCGUUGUUGUCCUCUUCUGUUGUGUUGCGUCGUAACAGGCCUGACGCGUUUUAGCUGGAGAGGCUAAGCAAUACUAACCCCCUCACUCUCUCAGCAUCUCUGUCUUCUCUCUGCAUACACUAUACCUCAUGGUGGUCCAGCGCCGUCUGGGGAAAACAUAUCAGUCUCCCUCUCAACCAACCAGUCUCUUGCCCACAGCGAGCUUCUCCUUCCAAUGAGAAGGGACCAUUUGUACUACGGCUCGUUUUACGAGAAAACUCCACCCUUGUUGCUAUUGACGCUAGUCGAUAUCCGAUGCACCGCCAUUUUUAUUUUCUUUUAAAAGACUACUAAGUUCACUGCUAUUUCAGGGGCUGCCCUGGAGAGUUUGAAUUAGCACAGAUGAUUGGUAGGUGAUGAGACGUGUGGGAUUUGUAGUUCAUAAGUGUUUGAUUUGUAGUUCAUGAGUUCACAGCGUACUCAGUGAAAAGAAUACUGUCAUGAAAAUGUAGGUUUUCCACUUUGUGUGCACAUUGAAAGGGCUCUUUGAAUCAUUUGUGAGUAUAAAAAAAUGAGUUUUGGUCUUUUUGUUGAUAACUCUUGUGAAAGGACCAAUGCGCAUUCCUGGCACAUUGUACUAUUCGUAGCAAUUACUGAUAAACUGAAAAUAUGCAUUAUUUUGUAAACACUUUAAAAAAAAAAGUUGUGUUAAACUAAAGAGAAAACCAACUUACUUUUACCUCAUGUCAGGGAUUCCUGAAAAAAGAAAAAAAUGAUUUGGUUCAUUCUAUACCAAUGGUAUUUAAAUAUUAGCACAUAGCUGUUUGUCUUUGCACAAGUAACUGUGUAGUGCUAUUGUUUCUCCUUUUUCCUAUACACAUUUUUGUGUAUUAAGGUGAGACAAUUUUGUACUUUUUUGUGACUGUCUGUAUGGUUUAGUGAAAUCUAUAUUUGUCAUUUACACCUCACCUUACAACGCUGGGAUGGAAAGAAUAUGAAAGAAAAAAGAUACCAUCAUGACAGUGCACUGUUCCUCUGUUUGCAGGUUAAAAAAUCAAGACAAAUUCAAUUGUAACACGCCAGUUCACAGAGAAACACUUAUUGAUUUAAAUAUUUUGAUUCCUUUUAAUUCUAUUAUAUAAUUAUGAUUACUAUUACUACUAUUACUGUUAUUAAAGAUGUAUUAAUAUAGAAUAUAAUGUAAAAUAUGUACAAACGUAUGGAGAGACCCAUGCUAAUGUUCUCUACUUGAAAGUCCUGUUAUUUGCUCUGUAAGGUUUUUAUUCAGUAAACAUGAUUUCUCUUAGUAGCAAAUGCUUUAUUAUGACCCUUUAGGUUUUGUAUCAACAUUUUUUGUAUUUUUCCAUUUUAUUUUGGCCUUGAAUUCAUUUGAAUCGAUAAUGACAUUUUAUUUUCUAAUGAUUAUUACUGAAUAAACUUACAUUGAAAUUC